GCAGUUACCAGUGGUAAAUAAUUUCCCUGGUAAAACGGUAACUACCGGUAAGUUAAAUCACAACACUAGCUUCGACUGUCAAACAGAUAAACAACGGUUGACGUCGAAAAUACGACGACGACGUACACUGUUUGAAGUUAUUCCUGACCAUGGUACUUGCUCACUUUCGAUACUCGUGCUGCAAUGAAGGACGAGACUCCGAGGCACAGCGUGUCCCGCCGCUUGUCUCGUCCGCGACGAGCUAGUGUGGAGGAGGAGGCUGUCUCGACCCCCACUGCGGUGCGGGCAGCUGCUCGUGCAGCUCUAAAGGAAGAGGAGAUUCGGCCUGCGGCGGCGGAAACCUCCCACCAACCUGUCAAACUCAUUCCGAGGCCUCCGCCAGUGUCGACGUCGCGGGAAUCGAGUUCAGCAGACUCCAGGACGUUCCUUACUGCUCUCGUGCCGUCGAGGCGACCGUCACGACGACAAAAGGAAGUGCUGCGACCUCCGUCGCCUCUGGACUCAUUGGAACCUUCCAGCGACUAUGUUGAUAGUGGUAGUGCACCCGAGCCGCCAGCGCCAGCCAACUACAUGGGGUCGGAAGCCAUGCAGCAGUUCUGGAGCAUUUUCCAUCGCCAGGAAAUAGUUCACAAUAACAAGGCUGUGCCUCCUUCUGUGUCGUCUACAAUUACUCGUCCCAAGUCUGCUCGCUCCAACUACCUCGCUGCAGUGCGCAACCUUCGACUAUGUCCUGAACCUCUAGGUAUUGUACGGCGCCGUAUCGUGGACAAAGCGGCAUCGUACGCGAGUGGUAGUACAGCACAAGAAGUGAAUCUCAGCAGCUAUCGGAUGGGAAAUGCAUACGCUGAGGCCUUUGGAGAAGGUUUCUCGUUGCUACCGUGUGUUGAAUCACUUAAUCUUUCGCAUAACCGAAUCGGAGACAGAGUCGCUUCCAGGUUAAUCGCAGCAGCAGCCGCUGCCGCGGGUACGCAGGGCACAGCGGGGCUGCAACAACUCAAUCUGUCCCACAAUGCAUUGGCGACAGCUUCAUCGCGAGCGCUCACCGAGUUAAUGCGGCGGUCGCGUACACUUACGUCGCUCAAUCUAUCGCAUACUGGAAUACGUGACCGCGAAGUCCAGCAGCUCUGCGAAUCGCUUACUGUCAACCAGACCAUCGUACGUUUCCAUCUGUCUGAGAAUCGCUUCGGGACGCCAGGGAUGCUAGCUGUUGCGCGCUUUCUUGAGGAGAAUUCACGCAUUGAGGAGCUGUAUCUGGCCUGGAAUCAACUACGAGGUAUCGGUGCACUGAAAAUUGUAGAGGCACUCAAGUUCCACGCGUCGCUGCGUGUCUGUGAUCUGUCGUGGAACGCUCUCAGCUCGUCGGGCCCCAGUUCGGCUUCUGCAACUGCAAAUACUGUCAGCAACAGCUCAAGUGGAGUGCUACGACCACGAGCGGUGGUCACAGCUCUUGCCGACGCGCUAGCAAACAAUAAAGUGCUGGUACAUCUGGAUCUGUCCAGCAAUCGUCUAGAUCUCGAGGACUGUACGCUACUGGCCAAGCAACUGGAGAACAACCAGACACUCAUCGGUCUGCACAUGAGCGGCAAUUGUGCCGUCAUGGACUCACGCGGCUUCCUCAUCCCGAAGGCUCAAGCUCACGACGAAGACGGUGGAGGGUCAAAGAGACUUCGAGAUCAACACAAACUCUAUUCAGUCGCAGUUUUUGAAGAAGUGCACAGUGACGCUGGGUCGGGUGUGUUUCCAUCUCAUCUUAUGUCCAUUGUAGACGCGUCGUGUUGGUAUUGUGGACUGUGGACUGAGCAUCGCUUCACGUGGACUCCGUCAGCUGGACAAGGCCCAUUUGCUGGAACUACCGACCGAUUCGAGAUAACUCCGUCCAUGGAGGUUCGUUUGCACCUGUCUGUUGAUGACUGGAGAGGUGUGGCCAUGGAGCGACGAGAGAAUGAAGGUGACGGAGUGUCCUUCAGUGCUCUGCGCGUCAUUCCUCCUGGUGGUACCAGCUAUUUCUUCACGGUUGUCGACACAAAUACAGGCACAAACAGCACAACGAAUGUGAGUUACCACUACGUCAACUCGCGUCCCAGUCGUCCAGUACAGCGUCAACGUCGGUUAAAACCAGGCAGAUCUGGUAGUUUACGGGAGAGUGAAGAAACCGAGACUACCGCAGCAAUCGAGGGAGGCGUGUUCGGUACUUUGGAGCGUCUAAACGUGAUACGUCUCACCCAACGUGGAGGUCGAGAUCCCUGCAACACUCUCGUUCCACGUAGCUCAGGAAAGAAUAAUGGAAGGCGAGGCAAAUGGGAUAUCAACAAAAGCGUAUUUGCACGACGCAAACGCGAGUCUGAAUGCCGCAGCUUCGUGGAUACUGACGGGUUUAUCACGAAAGCCUGUGCUGCAGACUGGAAACAGUGCAAGAUUGAUCGUUUUGUGAAGGACCCAGUACGAAGACGUGAAGUGGAGGUUAGCGUCACUCGCUGGUAUCGCACUGUGUGCAAUGCCUACCGACGUUACUGUGGUCACAACGUUUUAAUGAACUUGGCACCUUUGGGGUCGUUAACACUAGCGGCAGCCAUGCAGCUGCAAAAUGACGUAGCGUGUGUGCCUUGGUCAGGAUACACCGAGUUCCUUUCCGAAGCUAAAAUACUGGAUGAAACAUCAGAGUACUGCUCGCUUCCCGACCUGGAGAAUGUGUUUGUGGCCGCAAACCUUGAGCUUACGCAAGAGGCAAAAGAAAAGGACAAUCCGGACCGCAGUCUCACGAGAUUUGAGUUCUUGGAGUGCAUUAUUCGGAUCGCCACGAAUAAAUACUUUAGAACCAAUGUGUGUGACACCCCUGCCAAAGCUGUGGACAAGUUGAUGCAGGAAAAUAUACAGCCCGUGACCUCAGAGGACGCUAACGAGUUCCGUUCUCGCUUCCUUUAUACAGAAGAGAUCAGUGAUGUCUUUACGGAGCAUAUUACUCUGCUACAAGAACUGUACGAUGCCAACAUGGGCAAGUACUGCAAGCCUGGCGAAAAGAAAGGAAUGCACCUUGUCGAGUUCCUCGGUCUCCUAGAGAAAUACCAGGUCUUCUCCGACUCAUUCCGUGUGCGUGACAUUAAGGAUCCCUUCUUGGCGUGCAAGUUGAUGGUGCUGGAUGAAAUGACGACUAUGGGCCACAAGAAGCUUUACCUCACUGAUUUCAUGGAGAUCAUCUUACGUGUGAGUGUCUUGCGCUAUCCGCCUCGGACUCUUACGGUGGAUGAAGUUGUCCGCAGUUUACAGAAGCUGCUGGUCAAUCACUUUUACAAACAUGAUGUGAUAGUAGGCCAAUUCUGUGAAGCGAUUGAUCAGGCUCUCGUCAAAGAUCGUCUGGAGGCUUUCGCGAAUGCGAUCAACUCGCAACGAAAUCACCCGCAAGCUGCUGCGACAUCAAACCCUCGGAAUCGCGGUGGAGGACGGUCGGCAGGACAUGUGCAGCGGGCAAUUAUCGCCGAGGAGAGUGCGUCAGAUACGGAUGAGGCUAGUGAACCAGAAGAGAACGUGCACAACAUUGAGAGUCAUGCUACUGCAGAUGGCAAUUUGAAGCCGGAAACCUCAACUGAGCAAACAAUGGAGCAGGACGGGCUGAUGGUGCAAUUGGGGGCGUCUCUGUAAGAGCUCCAAGAUUGCUGUGAAUACGAAACGAGUAUCACAAAAUGCAAACCACACGAGGGAUCUCGGUCGGCUUUCCACGGUGGGCAACUCACUCGUUGACGACAAAGCGACGGCUGAGCAACAUGUCCAUGGCUGGGUCGUGGUCAGAAAUUGACUCUUGAGACGGAAGAUAGGCGAUGUCUUCGGAGAUGAGAGCUUCUUGCCACAUAUAUGCAAGACCAAACAUUUCUCCCCA